ACCCAUACUUUAUGAGAUCCUCAUCUCUCUCAAAUUUAUCUUUCCCGACAUAGAUGAAAGCAGAGGGUUGGACCACAUUCGACGUGAAAUAGUACACCAUUUUGCCCAGGACACCUCCCUCGAUAAAUGCUGGCACGAAAAGGUCAGCACCAAUACGACCACAGCACAAAAGUGGCAAGGCGAGAGCUUUACAAUCUCUAGUCGGAUUGAAGGAUGUGUGGAGACUGGAAAGAUUUCUUUGCUAGAACGGCGCGGGGAACAAGAGGCAGAUUAGUCAUGGCUGUAUCCAUUGGUACUCCGUACAGGCCGCUGCCUCUUCGUCGGCAUCUGACAGGCAGAAAUCACAGGAAUGCAUCUCUCCAGUUAACUACCUCACUGCCCAACAUGGUUGUGACAUUUCAUGGUCGCAGGAUGUACUUCACAAGGCUUAUGGCUUUUAAAUCCCUCCGUCAGGGCCUGCCUCUCUACUUGCUUCUUACAUACCUACAUAGUACAGGUCCGGGUAUUGGUCUAGAUACUAGGUCCUGGCCUGCGGACGGCCUUCGGCCGCCCACAGCCCAAGGCAUUGUGAAGCGCCUUAAAUUUGUGCAACUUCAUCGACCAAUGAGGAGCCACGGAGCUGGAAACUUCCCUAGCAGGACCAACCUAGUAUUGCUCAGCUAGCGCUUCGCAAAUUAGUACUAGCUGCCAGGUGCACAAUAGCUCUCACUCGAUCAACCACUGGCAAAGUCAUCCGUCAGUUGCCAAACCCAUUGCUUUGGCAACGAUAGGUUGGUACGCACUGAGUGGGUGUUUCAGUGAACCCACAGCAGGGGGCAACACCGAU